CUCUGUCUCGCUCUCUCUCUCUCCCCGCGUUCAAUGGACGAUAAGUGCAGCCGCGAGCCGCCUUCAGCUCCCGCUCCUCUCACCAAUGGAGACGCCCAGCAGCAGCAAACCGGCGGCGACUUAAUCACCAAAGUAAGCGAUGUCUCAGACAGUCAGAAAACGAAGAAAAAGAAGAAGAAAGGUUUUGAAGAAUUAAAUGGUGAUGCUGGAUCGGAAGGCGAGUCUGAAUUUGUAGCAAGCCAGGAUACCGAAGAAGUAAAUUUGAUUUCUUCCAGCGCAACUAAUGGCAGGAAGCAAUUUUUAGACACUAAUUUCAACCCCAGGCACACAACAAAAACUAUCGCAUAUAACAGAGUGGGUAGUAAAACAAAGAAUUAUAAUCAAAAGAACAGUAUGGACAAAAAGAAUGACAAAGUCUUUGAGAAUAAAUCUAGGGAUAGCAGAUCAAUUGAGAAAAAGGAAGCAUUAUCAUUUCUCAAUGGUGUUAUAACUAGCAGCUCUGGGUAUAUUACAAAUGGAUUUUCUGUCAAGAAUUCAGCUGACAAUGAUGGUAGUGGAUCUGAGAGUGGUUACACCACACCGAAGAAACGUAAAGGCAGGAGGAAUAGCGACAAAGGUGUUGAGAACUUAAAUUUGUUUCAAGAUAAAAUCAUGCAGCACGAGGGGAAUCCACUCGCCCCAAAGUUGGAUCUUGAAAAUGCCAAACUUGAGGUACCUGAGCAGAAGGCAAAUCGUCUGGAAAAUUCUAAGCCUAGUGGUAGGUAUGAACUUACAGCAGUUAGUCCAGCUGGAGCUCGUGGGAAAAUGGGAGCUGGUGAAACCCAGCGGAAAAACUCUGAUGGGAAACCUAGUGGUGGUAAAAAAUACGAAGACCGACCUAAAUCAAAGGCAGCAUCUGUAACUUCAAAGGAAGACUCUUGGACACUCUUUAAACCGCCUCCAGUCUUCCCAGUGGACAACAGUAGUGCAAAAAUUGUUCCCAAGAUUAGUUAUGCAAGUAAAGUUAAAGAGAACCUCAACAAAUCACCCUCAAAUCAGUCACUGGCUGUGGACACUCAGGCACAAGCUUCAGGUCGUUUGUCACAGGUUCCCAUGUCUGCUGUGAAAGCUGUCACCUCAUCUAGCUUUUCCAAUGGUUUGGCUUCAGGAGUGACUGAUGGGCAUAUUGGUGUUUCAGGAGUCCAGACAGUUGCUGCUGCUAAUACUGUAGUGCCUGCCUCAUCUGGGAGUGAGACCUCAGUGUCCCCUGAUGGCACAGACCCAGUGGCCACGGAACAAAGGAAGCAGGGUCUCUUUUUCUACCCUUCAAAUAUGCAAUCUGUGCUUCCUAGCACGACGCAGGUGGAGCUGCCAUCACAGACAACUCAGCAAAACCUGGGGGAUAUUUUCCAGAACCAAUGGGGAUUAUCUUUUAUAAAUGAGCCAAGUGCUGGCCCUGAGCUAGCCACUGCAAGAUCUGUGGACAACCCACCUCUGGAGGUGACAUUUCAAGCUGAAUGUGCUGCCACUUUGGUCUCACAGGGUGCUGAACUGCUGUCAUCAGGAUCUGAAAUUCCUGUGUUUCCAAAGGCUUAUGAACUAGACAAACGGACUAGCCCUCAGGUUCUCAGCAGUGUUGUGAAGACUGCCACAGUGGCUGUUAGUGUUUCUGCUGAGGGCAUGGCCUUGCCUACGGAGCCACAUGUUAGUGAACUGCAAAAGAUGGCUGCUACAAGCCAAAGUGCAAUAGUUUUUGUCCCAAAGGACUUUGGGAGUGAGACACCACAACACGCCUCUUCUACCAAUGCUUUGGUGCCAUCAGCCAAAGAUCACCCAAGGUACCACAGAGGCUUUGACAGAAAAGACAGCUUUGGGUCAUUUGACUUGAAAUCCGCUGUUAUGUAUCACACUAAAGAAAUGGACUCUAUAUGGAAUCUGCAUAAACAAGAUCCUUCAAGAGUAGUUACCUAUGAUGAAUCUAUGGAUCGUCCUGAUCAAUGAAGUCAGUUUGGUGAAUGGUCUGUUUUCGUUGUUGCUGCAAGCCGCUGUCUGGAUGCUCUUGUGCUCCUUUAAAAUCAUCUCUUUAGCGGUGGACCAGUUCAGGAGAAUAGUCAAAAAAAAUAUUUUUUAAACAAAGGAAACCGAAUUUGAGUGAGUGCAAAGAGCGUGUCGUACAGUUGUUUCGAUGGACUCUAAUUGGGUAUUUAAUGACCUCUGGUACUGAACAUAUUACAAAACAAAACCUGAAUGCAAUGAUCAGUGAAUAGUGGACUUUUUACCUAAGUCUGGUUCUUAAGAUCCUGCUGGUGUAACUUCAGGCUCCAACGAACCACUGAAGGGGCUGUCCCACUUCACAAAGGCUGCAUUUUGCUGAGAGUGCACCAAGAUUCCACACGGGAAAACAGGAGGAUUACAAAACUUUUUUAAAACCCAAAAAAAAGUUAUGCUGGAAUAAUGCCUUGAAGUACAGUAUGUGUUUUUCUUUUCUGCUGAAAGGCUCUUGGCUUUUGCUGGGAUUAAGAUGGUCAGUUAGUCCUUGGGGAAAAUUGUCUUAAUUCAUCACUGGGAAGAAAUCGGAAAGUCACAGGCAACUGCAAUAUUAGGCGAUGCAGUUCUGAUUGUUCACUGGUCAAAAAGACCAUGCUCCACAUGCAAAAGGGUGUAUCAUGUGAAAUUUGUGGAGUGAUUCAACUUAGGUAUUUAAUGUUGUAUAAUUCUUUCCCUCCUUUUAAUUUUUUUAAAAAUUUUGCCAUUGUAUGUGUUAGAAACAUAAACCGCACUGCUUCUGCUGUAGGGGCUUUACAUUCACUGUCUUUCUCUAGGUCAUUAAGUAUUUCAUUCAGUAGGUUAUUUCCCUGUUGCGUGCUGGCCUUAACUACUACAAAAUGAUAUGUAUUUGCUUACUAUGCCCUCCUUUCCCUUUUUAAUAUCAUCUUGCUUUUUAAGACUUGCAUUUUCAUGCAGUAUAUACCAGAAUCACGCAGAACAUACAGUUUAAAAGAAAAAGAAAAAAAAAAGUAGAUUUUGAAGUCAAACUAAAAUUGGAUCACUCUUACAUUCUUUAAUCCUCUUAUGGGACAGUUAAAAGUUCCUGUUUAAAAAAGACAAUUUGGUUAUUGAAUUCUAAUGCAUUCUGUAGUCCACAGCUUUAUUGCUGCUUCUAAACUAUUAAAUAUAUAUUUUUAAUAUGAAAAACCUGCUUGGAUUUUACAAAUCGGCAAAGAGCUUUAUGGCAAUAUUAGAAGUGAGUGAAGCGUGUGCAGGCAUGGACUUCUGAACGUGCAACAGUAGUUAUUACACACUACAGCUUGUGCAGCAUGUAAGACUAAGUGCCAGAUUGGAGAGAUUUUUUUUUUGAAAGUUCCUGUGGCUUUAUGCUAUGUCGUGCAAAGUAAAUGUUCUCAAUUUAAUUUUUGCAGUGUGGUUGUGGAAAGUAUGAUGUAACCCAGUGCUCAACACCACUCCUCUCCAGAUGCUCAUGCUUUCACAUCAGUUUUGUUGUCUUGAGCACUAAACUGUAGGUGGCCUCUAAUUUGCCUAACAGACUAAAAUCCUACAAUGCCAAAUAUAUUUCUGCUGGUCUUCACAUUUAAAGAAAAUCCUGAUAUCUGGGGCGAAAGUGGUGUUCAGGCUAGCAGAUCUUUUUUUGUGUGGGAGGAAGGUGUGUGCUUGCUAGACUUAAAUCUCAUUAUGGUAGCCGGAAUUUUAAAAAUGUUAGCCCAUAGUGUCUGGGUGCAGGAUCUGUCCAGCACUGUAAUCCUAAUUUCUGGAAAUGCUUUUGAAUAUCCUUUUGUGUACCAAUAUGAAAAUGCAGGAAACCACUGUCCUUUCAAAUUCUUCCUAUAGAAUGGAAAGGCUUGACAUUUCUUUACACUUUAGUUUGUCUGUCUAAUAUUUGUGCUAGCUUAAACACAAAAAUAAUAAUGGUUUAGGGCUUGGCCAGUAAUGUCAAGUAAUAUACACUGACAGUAAAAUACACUUCUGAAUAAUUCAAUAUAGCAAGCAGUAUUGUUUUAGAAUUGCAAUUAUUGCUUAUUUUAUGUGCAUUGCUGGUAGAAAUUUUCUGUGAUUCUCACUGAAAUUUUUACUUGCAAAUGCCGAACUGGAAAGUGUCAUGCCUGUAGACAGCAUUAAAUUUGAUUCAUGCCAUCAGUUACUGACUUCUAAUGGCUAUUAAGGCUAGUUUAUAAUAACUUACAUAACUUGGUUAUUGAUCCCUGGAACGAGUGGUCCGACAGUCCAGUAUGAGUUUGGUACUGUACAAUAUCCUGGUUAUCUAGGGCCACAGGACCACUGGGUAGUUCCACCCAGAUUUUGUUACGCUUACCCUUUCUGUGCUGUCUUGUGAUCUCUCCCUGAUGUCCCUCCUUGAUUCUUCAAUAAGCACUUAAAAUUUCUUAACUUUUUAAUCUGUUUAUAUUUUUUUUGGAUAGGCAUGUAAGUUUUAAGUACAGGUCAAUCAAUUGUGACUAAUUAGUACAGUGAAUGCUAAUGUGUUACUAUUGUAGGUAUAACAUUUUCCGCCUCAAGAGUGUUAGUACUGUAGCAUAAACCAAAUACAGUGUAGACUGUGGUGCCCCUUCUUCUAUGAAGAGACUAAAAACAUGGGAAGAGGGACUGAAUGAAUGUGUGUGUACUCUAUACAGUAUCUGGUGCAUUUAUUAGUAUUCUGAAUAAGAACUUAAUUUAUUUUGUGCCAUGUGUUGAUUUCAUUUCAUCAUUGAGUAAUGAUCAUCAUAGAGGUCUAAUUAUUGCAGAAUGGCACUAAGAAAGUAAGAUAGCAUAGGUUCUUUUAAGAUACAAACUAAUCAUGGUUGACGUCUUUGAUACCUGUAUUGUUUUUUUAAAUAAAUCAUUUUUUGUAAUGCUCUGUCAGUCCAGCUGUAGGCCUUGCAGGUCAGCCUUUUUUCAUUCCAGUUCCCAUGUAGUACCCCCUUCUCCCAACGCAAAGGCUGCCAGAACCUCAGGGAGUUAAGCUAGGCUGUCAACAUGCAUGUGUGCUCCAUAUUCCUGCCCACAUUCAUUUGAAGAAAUUUAUUAGUCUGUUUUUCCCAAGUUUCAUGUUUCAUAUGUAUACCAUCAAAAUUGAUGGCAUGUAUGGUUACCAGGGCUUAUCUUAGUUUGUGGUUAAUUAUUGCAAGUCUUGUCUGUAUGCCACCAUAAAAUUACUUGUAUUUUUAAAUGCUUGCUAUUGUUACUAAUUAUGUUAAUUUAAAAACAAAAAUUAAAAAAACUCAUGUGUAAAUAUGUGGGAUUGAAUAUCUGAUCUGCAGAAACAUUUUGGCGGGUUGCAGCUUGGAGACCUUUUAGCUGUUUAAACCUUAGACCAAUGUUCAAGGAUUUUUCCCCUUUUCAAAUGACUGUUUACAGUAAAAGGUGGGGAUUGGGUUGUACGUGAAUAACUGAAGCUGCUACAUAGACUUCCUGACCAGGCAUGAGAUGGUGGGGUCAGUAUGAAAAUGUAAAACAAAAUGCAACAUGGGAAGCUGGAGUCUGAAGGAGCAUAACACCAGCUCCUUUUUUUUGACAUUUUAGCAUAGUACUUCAUAAUUAUUUGCUCAGUGCAUACUGUACCACCAGAAUGAAGUUGGUGACAGGAGCAUGUUGCUGUGUUCAAAUGCAGUAUUUCUUAACCAUAAACCAGUAUUUGGCAAUGAAACAAAUUACUGGUUAUGUAUUUCCAAAUGAAUAGACAUGACCCAGCCUAAUAAGUUUCAGUUCACAAAAUGGGUACAUUCCUCUUUCCAUCAUGCAAAAGAAUAAGGAAGCCUUUUCCCUUGCAAUUUUUGAAAAAUAUUCCUCACGUAAAAGUAAUAGUGGCUAACUUUGUACUUCUCAGCACCGAAUGGCUUAUUCCAUGUUGAUUGUCCAGAUAUUGUGAUGACUGACCUAGUAAAUGAUAAAUUGUCUCCCUGCUAAUAAAAAAUAUCUGAAGAACAUUUGUCUUUGGGAAUGGUGGGGACAGGAGAGGAAGAAGUAGGGUGCUGCCUUUUAUAGAAAUUCAGAUGUAAAUCCAUGUUGAUCACCCAGUAUUAAACAGCAGGAUUGGUAUCAGUAAUUAUAACUUUUUACAUUGUUCUAGUAACAGUACAUACUUGGAGGAUCUCUUUAAAAAAUUGAAGAGAAUAGCAAAGUGUCUUUUUUUUGCAGAUUUGAUCUUAAAUUUGCUUAUUCCCAAGUGUUCUUAUGCUUGCAGUUUGCCCGAGUAUGCUAGUGAAAAGAUGCAUGGAAUAUUUUGUUUCCUUUAAAUUUUACACUUGUGCUAAGCUAGCCAGCACACUUUAGACUUUUUUCAGGAAUUUAGAGUCACAGCCACUCUCUUCUCCCUGCUGCAAUUAUUUUUGGGUGGGGUAAGAAUAUGCUGCAGUAUGCUGUGACUAACUACAGUGACUACGCAUAGUGGCCAUAAAUUAAAUGCUGAUGAAGAAAAAUAUUUCAUUAAUGCCAUUUAAAGCUGAGAGAACAGCAUAAAUGUUAAAUACACAAGGCUGUGUUAUUAUAGCAGUAUUGGAGUAGGAAGUUUAAUCUAUGUGUGAUUAGAUGGCCUGAUUGACCUUAUAAGGGAAUGAAUUACCAUUUAUUGUACAAGUAUAUAUUCCCUUUAUACAAUGGGUGAAUUCAGCAAACUUAUAACUAGUUUCAGAGAAGUCACUUUUUCUAUCAGAGUUGGUCAACAUUUUAACACCAGUUGAUAUACCAUGGUAGGGGUGGGGGUAAUAUCAGACCACACAAAUAUGCAUUUACUGCCAGCCAAGCUUAUUCUGUCUUGCUGUUGUACUGGUAACCUGGGUAUAAUUUGUUUCUGGCCAGGAGCUGGGCAGCACGUUUAUAUAAACGGUUAACAUUUUCCCGUCUGGAAUGCAAUGACUUAUGAAUACAUAGAAUUGGCUUCACUCUGGUUAGAAAUUGUGUGCGUACUGGUCUAUAAAUUAACCAGUUCAAACUUUUUUUAAAAAUUGUCUGUCUGUGAAUCCUGAAUUUGUUUUUAAGCACCUUGCUAAAAAAUAGCUGUCUGCAGUUCUUUGUCCUGAAUAAAAUGGUGUAAUUUCCCCCUCCCUCCCCCUCUCAGAAAAGCAUCUCUUUGCUAAUUCUGCCUUAUACAGAUCCCUCUAUGUAUCAUUGUGUAAGAUUUACUUCCUGGGCUGCUUGCAUUACAUUAGAAAUGCAUUUUGCACACUCAGGUUUUGCUGAAGCUCCAGUAAUGUUUGCUUGAGCUGAUGGUAUUGAGCUAUGCACGUGUGUUUUGAGUUAGUAGAGUUCUUCCCAUCCAGUAUGAUUUUUGUUUGUGUGUGUGUGUUGUACUUAAUUUUGCAUUUCAAGUUCCAUGGUUGGGUUCAACUAAGUGAACAUAUCCUGCUGGGCAAAUGACCAGUUAGUAAAGUAGAAUUGUCCCUACACCUUUGACCCAUUGCGAUAACACAGGUUUCUGAAUUGCAUUGUAACUUCAAACUCUGCUUACAGGGUAGAGCCGGAAGGUUUAAUAAACAAAAUGACCCAACCCCCUUUUCAUGUAUUUGUCACCUAUUUGUAUGUCUCUCAAUUGUUAAAAGCUAUAAUCUAUAUCGCAAAAAUGUUUUAAAAGUUCUUAUUUCUAACAUUUGUAAAGAACUGCAUAAUUUCUGAUUAAACUAUGUUGCUAUUUUCAAUUAGUGUCAAUUUUUGAAUUUUCUGUUUCAGAAGCCAUAGGAGAAUUUAUAUAGAAUGUUAUCUUGUAAAUGGAUGUUAAUAUAAAUAGGUGUACAGAGAGAUGUAUGGCUGUUGGUUUGGCCAAAAUGUAUGUUUCUGAUUGCCCUAAAAACCCAUUUUAAGCCAUUUGGAAGCCUUCUAGCCACAAAGGGACCUUGGGCUCCUAGUGUCUAUUUGGUCAAAUCAAAUUUAGAGUACAGUAUUUCUUUCUAAUGAAUCACCGAUUUAUGUUGCUUACACUCUUCAAAACAUGUCUUUUUUUAAUGGAUUAAAUAUCUGGAAUUGUGUGGUAAUUUUGGCUGACCAACAUUUGAUGUCAAAUUUAUUGUAAGUAGACAGAUGUAUUAAAGCUUGUAAUCAAAAACAUACAUUUUAAAAUUUGUUGGCCAGACUUGAUGUACAGUAACUUGGUGAGCUCCAGGAGUUAAUUUUUAUUUAUCAGUUAAGUCAUUCCCUUCAAAUUAACCUUUUUUAAAAUCUGUGGAUUUAAUGGCUUUAAUACUCCUUCAAAACAAAAUGUUAGACCCUCAUUCUGAGAGAAGUUUGGAAAAAGAAAGGAACAGACUUUGGCUGAAAUAUUUUCUGUUCCACAAUCAUCAUUAUUCAAAACUAAAUGAUAUCAUCUGAGAUGGUCUCCAAAUAAAAACCAAGGGAAAAGCAUUCCUGCUAAGUAUGUAAAUGAGAUACAUUUGUUAAAAUCCUAGCGUGUAUGGGAAUGCACUCUUUAGUUGGGAUCAGUACCAUUUGAAUGCAUCUAAGAAAUUUCUGAUGUGAAAGGAACACUAUUCCCUUGCUUUGAACCAGUUACUGUAUAUAAUAAAAUAAACUAUUAUCUAAGCUGUAUAUUGUAUCAUGAUUUAACUGGUAUAAAAAGCACAGAAACUAGCCCUGGAUGCUUACAUGUGCAUGAAUUCCCUUGUAAAAUUUAUAACAGCAACCCACAGCAAAUUUGGUUCUUGGAAGUUGCCAUGUUUUAUUUAAAUGAUUCUGGUUUGUCCACCGCUGCUGCUUAAAAUGGUUUGAGUUCUUUGCAAAUCUUUGCAAUUGGUAUAAUUGCUUUUGUUUCUGAAAGAGCUGUUUAAUUGUCACUGGUAAAAUACCUGAAAUUGAAAGCAUUAGAUAUGUGAAGUAUGCACAAAUAUGGACCCUUCUUCCCAGAGGAGGAGGUUGCCUAAUGAAUGCAUAAUAUAUAUUCUCUGUUACUGUGUUGUCAAUCCUAACUACAACUCAGUCUUAUGUUAUGGUGACUGUCCCACACCAGCAAAAGUCCUAUUAAACACUGAAAAUAUAUGAUCCCUUUCCUGCCUCUUAACAAAAUAAUGGACAUGAUCUGGUUGGUCACCUUUAUAUUUCAAGAGACUGAGAUGGGCAUUGAAAUAUACUGUGAAACGUGAGAGGGGAAAUAUGCUUUUAUCAGACUGAAGUUCCUUAAAACCCAUUUGGAAUUUUUUUUUAAAAUAAUGUUUACCAAGCAUUUGAACAAUGAACAGCUCUUAUGCAAAUGGUAUAUUAUGAAAAUUGUAUAAGCUUCACCUUGGGCAUAGGACUGUGGCCUUAAUAACACAUGGCAACUUCAAAGUAUAUAUGUGAAAAUUGUGAUCCAAUUUUAUUGUAUGAGAGGUUUCAUCUGUCAAAGUUUUUGUCACUCCUUAACCUUCUUGAAAUUCCUUUCUGUAAUACUCUUCCACUUUGUAAUAGAUUUUAGCUGUAAAAGUCAAUUCCUGGCAGCUUCAGCCAUGCCAUCUAGCUCCAGGAGGUAAUUAAAUUUCAGUGCAGGCAUUUCAGUUUUUGUUUCCUUUCAAGACUUAAGUCAUGACUGUCUACUAAGUUCACUGACAAUCAUGGUACAAAAAUUGUUCAAAUAAAACUCUUCUGCUGCUUUA